AUGCCGCCACCUACGCAGCCCCAACCCGUGACACGCGCAAAUGGGCGCUCUCCCCUCUCAGACCAGCCAGUGGCGGGUCCAUCAUCUGUCCGGAUGGGCGGAUCACCCAUGACGGGGCUGAGCUACGGCGGGCGGAGUAUGCGAGUAAGCAGUGGAGGAAUGGGCGGCGGUGGGGCAGGGAGCUACGGUGCUCGUUUCUACGGCGGAGGAUUCGAUUCGCCAUCCAAUAUCUUCUCCUCCAGUAUCACCAUGGAAAGCUCCUCCUUCAACACCUCCUCCGCCGCCUUCAACCUCGGUACAUCCGCCUCCUUUCGUGGAGGCAGAUCCUACGCCGCCGCCGCCAAAGGCGAGCGAGAUCAUCUCCUCCAUCGUCCCCAACCCCCAAAUCACGGCUCGAUGAAUCCCGCCGCCCUCUCGUCGUCAUUCGCAGGCAUGUCAUUCCAGCCCAUGUCCUUCUCAUUCGGCGCCGGCUCCUACAAUAAAUCCCAAGUCCACUCCCUCAUGGCCAACGCCUCGGCGUCGUCAAAUCGGGUCCGGACCGACGCGGAGCUUACGCGCACGUACGAGUGUUGCGGGAACACCCAUCACGGACUGCAUGAUCUGUUGGAGCACGUCGAGGAUGCCCACCCGUUCACGGAUCCGGAUAGCAGCGGGGUGUCUGCCCCGCACGUCGGGUACUCGCCGCAGGUCAUGGCGAUGGAGAUGGAUAUGGAUGUCGCCGAGGCGCCAAAUCUGGGGACGAUCGAAGAGAGGGCGUCAGGGCAGGGAUCAACCAGAUCGUCCAUGUCACCAACGGCUGCACCGGGUAUGCCAAGCUAUCCCGUACCCACCUCCGCAUCCUCCUCCAAACCCAGUACCCCAAAUGAAGGCGCGCCAUCCCCCGCCGCUUUGCAAAUCUCGGACGUCCUCACUUCCCCAUGGGCAAACUCGCCCUUAUCCCUCGGCGGUCCACCCAAACCAAAAUCACAACCACCCUCGGCCGGCUCGAACGCCUCCACAUCCUCCUCGCCACCCGAAGGCAGUCUCGCCACGCCCACCACCUCCACCCAACAAUCUCCCGUCUUCACCGUACCCAAAGUUGGGCCUACGCGGGGGUUCCUCGGCGCCGUCCCGCGGCUCCCACAACAGCGGUUCGAUCGGGCAUUCAACGAGGUCGUAGCGGGUUCGCCGAAAAAUAUGGAAAAUCAACUUUCCGGACCCAAAACCCCAAAGUCUACACUCCCUACGGCGGUCGCACCGGGCGUACUGUUCGCGUCGGCAGCGGCGAAUCUGGGCAUCCCAACGGGUCCGCCGGUACCAGGUGGGAAAGCGGCAGAGCCAGCGGUGGCGGCAAAUGGCGCGGCGGCGAUCGCCGGUGCCGCUGAUUCGGGGGUGGCUGCUCCUGCACCUAAGCCUUCGACAGAGAUACAACUACCCGAGCCUAGUCCCUUUACGACGCACAAGCCAUGGAAGUGCCCAAAUAUAGGGUGCAACAAGUCUUAUAAACAAAGCAAUGGACUCAAGUAUCAUUUGUCGAAAGGGCAAUGCGACUUCGCCCUGAGCGAUGCCAUAGAGACGGGAAUGACCAUCGAGGAAGCUGAGGAUAAGGCGAGGCCAUGGGUGUGCGCUGUGAAUCCUGCGACCUGUCAAAAAAGAUACCGUCAGGCUAACGGUUUAAAGUACCAUUACCUCAAUUCGGGCGAACACGGUCUCUUCGGCUUAAGGAUGCUCCAGAACGGUACACACCCCAUACCUUCGGGUUCGAGCUCCAGCAACGUCCCCAAGCCAAAUUCAGUCUCCACCGCAACCUCUUCGGUCAACACCUCCUCUUCCGCCACUGCCAAUCCCGCCGCUCUUCGACGUCCCCUUCCUGGCCCCACUCCCACCUCCACAGCCACCGCCACCGCAUCCGCCGCUGCCGCUUCGUCCGCAGCGCGACCAUACCAUAUCCCGUCCCAAAUUGGCGCGACAAGACCACGGAUGGGCGUCUUUCCUCCCAACACCACUCCGGCUCGUGCAGGCAUGCCUGGCGGAUUGGCCGGUAUCGGCCGCGCUGGCGUACCGGUUCGGCCAUCGAUACAUUCGGCAGGCGGAAUGGGGAAUGGGUUGAUGCAGGGGCAGAAACCCGCUCCGCCACCUCAGCUGCCGCCGCAGAGGGGCAGGGACGCCGUCCUCUUCGCCGCCGUGGAGACUAUGGAUCUCUGA